AAGCUAAUGAAGAAGAGAUUAUAAAAGAGAAUAGACGAAUUAUAAAUAAAUUACAAGAAGACGCACUACGUUAUCAUACACAAGCAAUGCGAAUAAACUAUCUACGUACCUCUGAGACUACUGAUCAAACAAAAAUCGAUAAACGUAUUAAAAUUGCUUUAGACCUCGGAGAUCCAGAAAUUGCAGUUGAUUUACAUGAGCACAAUGGCAGAAGACCUAGUAAAUAUAAGGUUUUCUGGGGAGUUGCGGCCAAGUUUCUUGAAGAAAAAGCAGCUGAUGCUGUAACUGCAGUAGAUGAAUGCAGGCAUAAUCCAAUCAUGCACUUUGCGACCGCAAUAUCAUUUUGGCCUAAGAAUCCAACACGGCUUAGUAGUUUACAAUUUACUGGUCAUCUACCCUUAAAAUUCAUGGUUCAAACAUGCCAGCUACGUGCUUACCAUCAAGAUACUCAUUAUGUAUCUGCACUAUAUCGCUAUAAGAAAGAAUUUGCUGUAAAAUUUCGAGAAAUUACAAAUUUUGUUUUUAUGGAUGAUAAGCAUCAUUGUAAAGUUAGAGAGCCUGAAUUUCCUGUUGCUGCAGUUGAGAGAGGAAAAAAAGUUGUAGUCAGUAGAGAAACUACAUUUGCAGUUGCUGACUAUGACUAUACUAAAACGGGUAUCAUACCAAGCGUAACAAUGAUAUGUAAUAUACCUGAAUCAAUUAAUGGAGAUUUUUAUACUGGCAAAGUACGUAUAGGAUUAAAGGAUCCAAUAUUUCAACCCUCCUCACCUCUCCGUCAUGCAACAGAAUUAUAUAACAUACUCCUCACAGAAAAUCUAACUGAUAAGCCUAUACUAUGUCUCUAUACGGACAGUGGUCCAGAUCAUCAUUGCACAUAUACUCGUGUUCAAUUAUCCUAUAUUUGUCUUUUUCUCGCUUUAGAUCUUGAUUAUUUUGUUGCU